UGCAAGCACUGGUGGAGCUGAGCGCAGCAUGGCAGGUGUGGGAGGGGAAGAACAAUGCGUCGCGGGGCUGCAGCGAGUGGGAGUACAUCACAUGCAACCAGCGCGGCUUCAUCACUUCCAUUGACUUGUCCGAGUACGCUAUGGUCAAUGCCACCAUGCCGCUCACCCUCUUCUCGCGCAUGCCCUACCUCCGACGCCUUGUGCUUGCAAACAACUACUUUCUCCACGGCUCCAUCACCCACCUCGCUCUCCCCACCUCCCUCCGCAUGCUGGACCUUUCUUUGACAUAUGUGUCCGGUUCCCUGCCAUCUGCUAUCUUCUCGCUCCCAGCUCUUUCACACCUAGAUUUUUCUAGGACUUCAAUAUUUGGAAGCUUGCCAUCCACCCUCGGCCGUCUGUCUCGUCUCACAUACCUAGAUGUCGGUGCAGAGAACAUCACCGGGCGUGUGGAGGACUUCUCAUGGAUCUCAAGCCUCACCAACUUGAACACACUUGCGAUACACAGCAUGUUCAGUGUGGAGGGAGAUUUGUCAACGCUAACCUUCCUCACUGCCCUCACAGCUAUGCAAAGCCUCACCAUUGCGAGCGUCCCUUGGGCCGGCGAGCUGCCUGCUAUUCUGGGCACCCUCACCACUCUCACCCACCUGGAUGUAAGCUGGCUGCGUGCAACCCAGUUUCCUCGAUGGGCCAUGGACUUGACAAAUCUACGAUUCCUCGCUGCGGCUCAUGCCAACAAACUGCGCAGCGGAGUGGUGCCACAAGACCUCUCGCGUCUAGCGCAGCUUGAGCACUUUGAUGCAUCAGGCAAUGGGCUGAGUGGAGCUCUUCCCAAUUACUGGACCUCCUUGAAGCAUCUAACGUACCUAUCACUUGCCUACAACAAAAUUGAAGGCUCGAUUCCAUCAACAUUCUCUGGCCUAACAACAUUGAGCACACUGAUCUUGAUUGGCAACAGUAUGGACGGCACGAUCCCACCCGUUUUCUACACGACGCUCAACUACCUGGACAUUUCAAAGAAUGGCUUCUCUGGCGUUAUACCUCCCUUCAUUGGCAACCUAUCUGCUCUCUCAACUCUAGAGUUAGGCAUAAACAACUUCACUGGGGAGGUACCGUCCUCCUUCACGAACCUGAUCAAUCUGCACUACUGGACGCCAUACUUCAACCAGCUUACUUCGGGACUUCAUGUGAUUGGCAAAAUGACGUGGCUGUUGAUGCUGGAUAUUUCGUACAACAUGUUUUCAAGUGCUGUUUCAAGUCUAGUAUCUCUACGUUCCCUUAAUGGAUUGAAUCUCCAUGGCAACAACUUGGGAGGACCAUUUCCUUCUUUUGUUUUGACCCUCACUGGACUUGCAGCUUU